AUGGCGUCCCGAUUCUUUGCCGCCAGCGACAGCUCCUCGGACGAGUCCAGCGAGGAGGAGCUCUACUCCAACGACGAGGAGUCCGCACAGGAAGACUCGGACAAGGACUCUGAUGACGAUGACUCCGACGACUCCGACUCGUCGUCUGGGUCGGAAACAGGAGCCAACCGCUUCUUGAAGGACGCUGAGAGCGACAGCGAGAGCGAAGACGAGGACGCGAACAAGGUGCUCAAGAGCGCCAAAGACAAGCGCUUCGACGAGCUGGAGGCGACCAUCAGGCAGAUUGAGAAUGCGCAGAAGAUCAACGACUGGGCCGUCAUUUCAGACCAGUUCGACAAGUUGAACCGCCAGGCCCCUACCCUGAUGAAGCAAAACGAUGGCAAGGUGCCCAAGCUGUACAUCCAGGCCAUCGCCGACCUCGAGACGAUCGUGCUCGAGACGCACGAGAAGCAGAAGGUGACACCCAAGAAGAUGAACGCCGUCAACACCCGCGGAUUCAACGCCGUCCGCCAGAAGGUCAAGAAGCACAACCGCGAAUUCCAAAGGGACAUCGAUGCCUAUAGAGAGAACAAGGACGAGUUCAUGCGCGAAAUCGAGCCAGUCGAGGCGGCGCCCAAGGACAAGAAGAAGAAGUCUAAGAUUCCCCAGCUCGGCACCGAGACCAUCGAAGAUGCGACAGACGAUGGCUUCAUCACGGUUGUCGGCGGCAAGGCUGUCAAAUACACACCCGAGGGCAUCCUCAAGCACCUGCGGUCAAUUGUCGAGCAGCGUGGACGCAAGAACUCCGACAAGCUCGACCACAUCCGCACACUGGAGAAGCUCUUCGAUGUAGCCGUCAACGACUACCAGAAGAUCCGUGUUCUCUUGACACUCAUCUCUACACGCUUUGACUUGACGUCUGGGACCGCAAGCCACAUGCACCAGGAGCAGUGGAAGCUGGCCGACCAAGAGUUUACCAAGCUCCUUGAAAUUCUCGAGAACACCAAGGAGAUCGUAGUGAUCGAGAACGCUGAGGAGUGGGAGGACGAUGAGAAGCUGCCCACCAUCACGCCUGGCGAGAUCUUCCGCAUCCCUGGAAGCGUUGUAUCCUUCGUCGAGAGGCUUGAUGACGAGCUCACUCGCUCCCUUCAGCACAUCGACCCGCAUACGGCCGAGUACGUUGAGCGAUUGACAGACGAAGCUCUGCUGUACGCUCAGCUUGUGCGUGCUCUAGUGUACGUUGAGAGCUUGAAGAAGAACCCAGGCCUAGAUCUACCACAAGAACCGCUGAACCGCAUUGUCAUGCGGAGACUGGAGCACGUCUACUUCAAGCCCUCGCAAGUCAUCACCAUUCUCGAGAGCAACGUCUGGAAGGCAAUUCCCGAAACCCUUGACUCAGAAAUCACCCCUCGUGCCAUCUCCAACGACACCGCCUCGCUUGUCCAGACUCUCUGCACAUACCUUUUCCAGAACAGCGAAGGCAUCAUCCGCGCUCGAGCUAUGCUGUGCCAGAUCUACUUCCUGUCACUACACGACGAGUACUACAAGGCUCGUGACAUGAUGCUCAUGUCCCACUUGCAGGAGACGAUCAGCAACUUCGAUGUCAACACCCAGAUUCUCUUCAACCGCGCGCUCGUACAAGUCGGUCUCUGCGCGUUCCGUGCGGGUCUCGUCUAUGAGGCUCAGACGUCGCUACAAGAGAUUUGUGGCAGCAACAGGCAGAAGGAGCUGCUCGCACAGGGUCUGCAGAUGCAGCGGUAUUCACAGAUCUCGCCCGAGCAGGAACGUCUCGAGCGCCAGCGACAACUUCCAUUCCACAUGCACAUCAAUCUCGAGCUGCUCGAGUGUGUAUACCUCACCUGCUCCAUGUUACUCGAGAUUCCUCUUCUCGCACAGCUCGGCUCGUCACCCGACCUCAGGAAGCGGGUGAUUAGCAAGACCUAUCGCCGUCUGUUAGAGUACCAUGAGCGACAGAUCUUCACCGGCCCGCCUGAGAACACCCGCGACCACGUUAUGCAGGCAUCGAAAGCACUGUCUGCUGGCGAGUGGAAGAAGGCUGCUGAGUUCAUCAACUCGAUCAAGAUCUGGGAACUUAUCGCCAACGCGGACAAGAUUCAGGAGAUGCUGUCCGCGCAGAUCCAGGAGGAAGGUCUACGGACAUACCUCUUCACCUAUGCUCCUUUCUAUGACACGCUUGCUGUCUCCACACUCGCAGGCAUGUUCGAGCUCUCAGAACGCAAGGUCUCGGCCGUUGUAUCGAAGAUGAUCUCUCACGAGGAGCUCGGUGCCGCCCUUGACCAGGUCAACUCAGUCAUCAUAUUCAGGAAGGGUGUCGAAUUGUCGAGAUUGCAAACCCUCGCCCUCAGCCUGUCCGACAAGGCAUCGGGUCUCAUCGAGUCGAACGAGAAGACGCUCGAACAACGGACACAAGGCACAGCCCAUGCUUUCGAGAGACAAGGCGGAAGGGGCGGCCGCGGAGGACGUGGAGGUGGACGCGGGGGAGGAGGACGUGGCGGUGGUGGACCAAGAGGCGGUCGGAAUCAGCAGUUCACAGGUGGUGCUUUGGGACGAGCCAUUCAGGCCUAA